CGGGCUACAUCUGCUAUUGGCAGUUACGCGUAACUGUCCAUGGCGUCUGCGUCGACGGCGUUGGGAAAGGCCGAGCGCGACGCGUGGAUCCAAUCCAAGCUCGUGGAAAACCGGAAGCUCAAAGAGAAAGAAGAGUGUCGAGUUGCUGAAGAGGCACGUCAAGUGAAGGAGCGGCUGUGGAGUCCGUACAGUCGUGCCGCGAUUUUGCACAACGAGCUCAACAUUGCGUGGAAAGGCGACCUCGACAUAUUCCACUGGGCACGGGUGCUGCCAUUUCGAGAGCUCGUGGCGCUACGCGUGACGGGCCAUGCGCUGGUGGACAUGCCCUCGGAGCUUCCGACGCAAUUGCCAGCGCUACAAGUGCUGUGUUUGAUCUCGAACGCCCUAGAGACGCUGCCCGACAAUGUGAGGCGGUGAUAGUUGCUGUGUACGAACAUUGCAAUUGAAUGCGGUACAUGUGUAGAUAGGGCUGCUCACCCAUCUCGUGGAAAUGGACCUGACGAAAAACAAACUCAAAGUUCUGCCAGACUCGAUCUGCGACAUCAAGACACUCACAUUUCUCAACCUGUCCAACAACCUCUUGGAAGCGUUACCGUCUCGCUUUGGCGACCUCGUCCGCCUGGAAAAGGUGUGGGUAGAAGGCAAUCAACUCACGCAGACCCCGCCUUCAUUUGGCAGACUUCGCUGCCACUGCGCCAACUUGAACGCCAAUCGUUUUCGAGACUGGGCGUUGUUUCGUCCUGAAUUAACCUUGCUCACCACCCUCACCCUCAACCUGAACCACUUGGAGGCGUUUCCUGACUCGCUGUGCACGCUGCCAGCGCUGACGUCACUUUCCGCGUCCAACAACAGCCUCGUGUCGCUCCCAGAGUCGUUUGGCGCCCUCGUCAAGCUGCGGUCGCUGCGCCUGGAUUGGAAUCGUAUCAAAGAGCUACCGUACUCGUUCCGUCACUUGACCGUGCUCGAAGACAUCCAUAUGGAACGGAACCCCAUGACGAUGCCGCCGCUGGAAGUGGUCUACCAAGGCGCGGCCACCGUCGUCACGUACAUGCACCAACGGUACCUGGCGUGGCUGAGACAAGAGCGGCGCAAGGUCGUGGAGCAGCUUCAAGCCGUGCUAGCCGCGUUUCGCGUUGAGCUCGACUUGGCUAUGGAAGGAAACGACCUGCCGACUUGGACGCCGUUCCUCGCCGUGUUUACACCAGACGUCGAGCGCACUGUGCGCGGCACGUCGCUGUCGUUCUACGCUCUCGUCCUUCCAGCGCUCUUAUCGGACCUAUUGCCCUGCCUGCAGCGCCACUGGGCCAACCACCCAGAACACCGCCCGAGCGAAUCGAUCGUCCCUUUCGACUUUUUUGACCUGCCCCACCGAGUGCUUGUCGACGCCGUCACAAACUACGACGACGAGUACUCGAUGGCGCUCGUGGGCGACCAAGUUGCCAAUUUUCGAAGUUGUGCGUGCGUUGAUCCAGAUACAAACACGCGCAAGCCGUGCAAUCGCACGCCCGCACCGUUCCAGUGCGAGCGGUCGGACGCGGCACUCCUUCGUGUGAAAAUGGUCACCAGUCAAGAAUACAAGGACAUGCAGUCCGACUCGUACUUGGUCGCUCGACGCGAGCGGUUGGCCAACGCCAUGCGCGCCAAAUGCGUGGAAUACAUAAACUCGGAACCAGGCAUUGAGUUCUUUGACAAGACAUCGAUCAAGUGCGCCAAGACGUUGCUGGCGACCCGCGCCGCAAAAGAACGAGCCCUGAAGCAAAAAGCCAAACACGACCACGAGGUUGCCACGACCCGCCGCAAAACCAUCCUGAAAAUCCAAGCGCUGCAAACGAAACACUCGAGGCGGUCGAUGGCGCUGGGAAAGACCAUGGGGGGGUUGCAGAAGGAGUUGGAGAUGUUGCAAAUGCAAAUCCGCACGGCGCCGCCUGGACAAGCCAAGGUGCUGCUCGGUCGGAGGGACGAGCUCAUGAAACGCAUCGACCAAGCCCAAGGCGAUUUGCACAAACUGGCGCAGGACCCAGCAAUGCGAAAGCUGCAGCAGAAAAUGCUAGAGUUAGAUGGCAAAGUACUGGCAGACAGUCGCAGCAGCGUCCAGACCAAGAAAGAGCCAUCGAGAAACAGCCAAGGCCAGGAGGAAGCGGAUGACGACAAAGACAAUUCCAGUGACAAUACCAAUGACGACGACAAUAGUGACAACGAAGACAGUGAAGGGGGCGACUCUGCCAGUGACGAAAGCGACGAAAGCGACGACGAGACGUCAAAUGACGACGCCAACUCGCUCAUGGCCGGCUUGGGUGCGAUUCCAGGCUUGGAACCAGUGGUCAACUGGAUCGAUGCUGCCACGGCCAUCAUCGAGCGCAUUUUGGACACUCGCCAACCCCCCAAGAAGCCCCACGCCGAGGAGUUGGCGCAUCUCUUCAAUCAACACCUUCGGGACACGUACACAAAGGAAAAAAUGGCCAAAGUGAAAAACAAGGUGACGACAGAGUUCCACCAAAUGCGCUUUGUUCUGCGGAAAUGGAUGGGCUUUGGGAACCGCGUUGUGUACGUGGCAUGGCGGGAUUACGUCCGGGAGACAGUGGCCAUUCGACGUGCCACGUUACAAAAGCAAAAGCUGGACGAAGAACUCGCCGAGCAAAAUCGCGUGGCCGAAAUCGAGUUGGGCAAACUCGAAGCCACAUAUUGGGACCAAAAAGUCAACCCAUAUACGGACACCGAGUACUACCAGCACCGCACGACUGGAGAACUACGGGACACUCCGCCACCAUACUGGGAAGACAUUUACGAGCCUGCCACGACAACAUCCCCCCCUUUGGCCUUGCCGUUCUUACCGCCAAUUAAAUAACGCACUCAUAUUGUCAUAUCAUUCUCGGCAGGAUUGAAUGUCGUUAGUGAAUGGAUUCAAGAACCGCCUAAGCCAAUCAAAUCAC